AUGUCACAGAAGAAGAACGAUUGCGAAUUGAUUUUAAUCGAUCCUUCAGAUGAAACAGAAAUUAAACCAAUGAAAAUCUUAAAGAAGAUUGUUACCAAUGCUGGUGGAGUAAGAUAUUUGGUUGAGUACAGCAAUAAUGAAUAGAAACAAGAGACUGAAAAAUAUAUGAAGGAGAACUAUUAGGAAUUGAUAGAAGAUUAUAAUUAUUUCUCUGUUUGUGGUAGCAGAUUUGAUUAAUUAACUUUGUAGAAAAUGAGAGAAAAUAAUAAUAAGAUUUAAAAUUUCGAGAAUCAUGCUAAAUUACCUACUAUUCCUACAGAUGAAAACUAUCCAAUUUUUAAAAGGCAAAAAAAAAUUGAUAAGUAAACUGAAAAAAAUAUCAAGUCCAAUAUAUUACCACUGCCUUAACAAUAGCAAUAAUAGUUGUAGUAGCAAUUCUUAGUUUAAUAAUCACAGAAUUAGUAGUAAUAACAAGUUUAAUUACAAAAUAAUUUGAAUUAGAAUGAAAAAAAUUUAAUCAAAUAAUAAUAAGUCCAAAAUUAAAACUUACUUUAAUUUUAAUCAGAUUAAGGAGAUAAAAUUAAAUCUAUCACUUUAGAAAACGGAUUAUUUUUAGUUCAAUGGAUCCCCAGACCUGAUGGAACUAUACCUUAUCAAGAAUACUAUCAUUAUGACUUUCUUAAAGCAACAGCUCCUACUAUUUUAUUGUCAUUCUUAGAGCAGGAAUUUUUAAAUAAGGACUUAAAAUUUAAAAAUCUCAAGCGACAUUCUUUUCUAAAUUCAAAUUCAGAAACUAAUUAAAAUGAGGAUAAUUAACAAAAUAAAGAUACUCCGCAUAAUCAUAUUACUCAAUAAGUGAAAACCUAAGAAAUUAUUGAACCCUAAAAGGAAGUACUUAGGGAUGAUAAGUUGAAUAAAAAAGAUGUCUUUGAAGAAGUAAAGGAACAAAAAGAUAAUUCUAAAGAUAUUCUUAUAGAUGACAUCUCAGUCGACGAAGCCUAAGAAGUCAUUCUUGAUGAAAAGUAAACUUCUGAAAAAGAAAAGAAAUAGCAAUAAUAAAAGAAAGGCAUUAUUCCAACUAGUAAACCUUAAGGAUCCACUUAAAAAUAAAGAAAACCUACACUAGAAAAAGGGUAGGAAGUACUUACAAUUGAUAAUGCAUAAGGGAAACUAGAUGAAAAGUUAUCGUAAAUAGAAAAACCAAUACCCAAGUAACAAGUAACUGUAAGUUAACCAAAAUUGGCAAACUAAUCGUUUCCAGCCUAAUUUGCUUAAGCCUCAGAUGAAUUUGAAAUACUUGGUUCUUUAGAUAAACCAGACGAUAAAUAAAAUUAAAAUUAUGAAAAAGAACUUGAAGAAUGUUAUUCUGAUGUUGAUUUACCCCAUUUUUAAUUUAAUUAAAGUGAAUUAUGA